AUGGUCAAUGGGGAAGUCGGUCCAAGCCGAUUCCUUGGGAUCACUAAUGAACAUGACAAGACCGUAUUUCAAUUUGUUGUUGAGCAUCGUCAAGACAAAAUAUUUGACCUGCUGAUAGAUCGGCUUCUUGAUCAUGACAUAAAAAAAGUUAUAGGGAGAAAAGAUAAGUUUGAGAAUAACAUGCUGCAUGUGGUAGCAAAGUUGUCCUCAUUAACAAAGAUUGCUCAUAUUCGAGGUGCAGCUUUGCAAAUGCAAAAUGAACUACAAUGGUUCAAGAAGGUGGAGCGCGAGGCAAGUCCCAAGGAUCUUACUUGUAUAAAUUCUGAUGGUCGCACACCCCGUGAGGAAUUUACUAUGAACCACAGAAAUUUGGUGGAGGCAGGAGAAAAGUCAAUGAAAGAAACUGCAACUUCUUCUUCGGCACUAGUAGCUGCUCUUAUCAUUACCAUUAUGUUCGCUGCAGCUGUGACAAUUCCUGGUGGAAUUAAGGGGGAAACAGGAAUAAUCCGAGCACAGAUGGAGAUUUAUGAGUAA